CUUACAUCAAAAUUGGUAAGCAUGUUAAUGUUUAGUUCAUUUGAUUUGUUGUCAAAAUAAAUGCGUGUUCGUGAGUGCUAAUCUCGUUACAGCCUUUUUUGGUUACAUUGAAUAUCAACUGUAACUUGUUGCAACAAACAUGAGAUACGCGCAAUUAGUAAUAGGGCCUGCAGGAAGUGGGAAGAGUACCUACUGCAGUGCAAUGGUGCAACAUGGAAUUGAUGCGAAGAGAACAAUUGAGGUGGUGAACUUGGAUCCAGCUGCAGAGUACUUUGAUUAUCAACCAGUGGUUGACAUCAGGGAACUGAUCCAUGUGCAGGAUACAAUGGAAGAUAAGGAUUUACAUUUUGGUCCCAAUGGAGGGUUGGUGUUCUGCGUAGAAUAUCUGGUGCAAAAUGCAGAGUGGUUGCAGGAAAAACUAGGGGACCAGGAGGAUGAUUACAUAUUGUUUGAUUGUCCAGGUCAGAUUGAACUUUACACCCAUUUAACAGCCAUGAAGAAGCUGGUGCAAAUGCUUCAGGACUGGAAUUUCAACAUGUGUUCCGUAUACCUGGUGGACGUGCAAUUCAUGACGGAUGGAGCGAAAUUCAUUUCGGCGACAAUGUCUGCAUUGAGCGUGAUGGUGAAUCUCGAAUUGCCGCAUCUGAACAUCCUGUCUAAAGUGGAUUUGCUCGGCAAAGGCGCAAGAAAGCAGAUCGAGAAGUACUUGGAACCGGAUGCUGGUGCCAUCUUGGGGGACAUACAAAGCACCAGCUUCAACGCCAAGCACCAGAAGCUGACAGAAUCGAUAGGCCGGUUAAUUGAAGAUUACUCGCUGGUUCGCUUUCUGCCGCUAAAUUUGAAAGAUCAGGAAAAUGUCGCGAAUAUCCUAUUAACCAUAGAUAAUGUUCUUCAAUUCGGAGAAGACCAGGAUGUGAAAAUGAAAGACUUUGAGGACGAGGAAGAACAAUGAGAUUUAUUUCUAAAUCAGCGUGUCAGCAUUGUGCAUCAUCAGCUGUGAUGGCGUGCUCGUAUUUAAUAUGGCGGAUCUAAGUGGGCCACCCGUCGUUUCGCGCGCGCAUAACAAGAAGUUAAUAAAUUAUUGAUUUGUUCGUGAUUAUUUUAUUUUCCGUUUGAAUAAGUUAGAUGUGUGUAGUUUGAAUCGAUAUAAGGUAAAGCAAAGCAACAAAAUAAAAUCGAACAACAAUAACAAA